AUGGACGUGUGGUCGCCGGAGGAGUUGCGAACGUUGCUCAUUAUGUUCAAACUCGAUGUGCUGCAGGGUAAGGCCCUCUUCGAUAAAUAUGGGCCAAGCCCCAGGAUUAUCAUCGACAUUCUCCGAAAAAGAACGCCGGAAGAAGGUUACGUUCAGGAUAUCAAAACAGCAGCCGCCACACUUGCGCACCACUUCUUGGUAAUGUUUCUCAAUAUCGAAAGCCUUGAUUUCAGUGGCGAUGUUUCGUCCAAGAUAUUCACUGUCAGACCCAAAAAACACGAUCGGCGACUGGCUGCUCUGUCCAUCCCGACGCCGCUUAUCGCCAGUGCCCUCGGGGUAGCUCUUUCUUCUCAGGACGAAGCCACACAACACACCUUCUUCAGCAUGCUCAAAGGACAUCCAUCUCUUCGCGGUGCCGCCAGAUGGCUCUUCGAGAGUUACGCCCAUGUAUACUUCUCUAACCUAACUCGUGGCACCCUUAAAGCGUAUUGCGCCGAUCCAAAAUUAGCCUCGCUCUCCAUCCCUUACACCGCCGGGAUGAUAGCAGGCUCGACCGUGCUGAACAAAAUCCAGCCACCCCACAAUUUCUAUUGGCGACCUCGAGAAACCAACUACUCCGGUGUUGACGCUGUAAUUCGUGUUGACAACGAUGUUUACGCCCUGCAGUUUACGAUAAGCAGCGCUCAUAGGUCUGCGACAGACGGCCUCAAGAAGGUUCACAAGGAUAUGAAUCACAUAUCAGGCGUCACAUGGCACUUGGUUAUGGUAGGGUUAGAACAGUGCAAUGCAGAAUCUGCCCGCGAUAGCCAGAAGUUGACAGAUGGUUGGGAGGUAACGCGGGUUUACGCGUGUGAGCUGCCGCUUGUUAAGCUCACAGAACAGGUUCAAGAGAAGCUUCAGAAUGUUUUCGACGAGUCCAGCAAUGAUUAUCCAAGAGCGAACUCAGAUAUGGCAAUGGUCUAG